ACAAAUGCAGCUUUACUCUGAAAGUUGAAUUGAAGAUCACGGGAGUUGAUGCUGGCAAUCAAGAGCAUAAUUAAAACUGUCCAUGGAAAUCCGAAGAAUAAUAUACCUGUAAUAAACCAGAACUGUAAGACGCGUAAGAACUGGACAGAUAGAAAUGAAGAAAAUUGAGAAAGAGUUGGAAGGAGGAGGUGGAGGAGAGAGAGAUGGUAACAGAAAAUCCGAGAAAGAUUUGAGCUGGAUCCCAAAGGUGAUUAAAAAGAGAGUAUGUACAAUCUUUGUGGAGGACUCUUCUAGUAAUGGGGCUUUGUGUCAGUGUGGUGGAGCCAGAGAACUUCACGUCAGCACAGAUGCAUGCGAUGGUGUAGUAGGCCAGUGGGACAGUGCACAACACACCUCUGAAUACCCUACUGAUGCCUUCGGAGAGCUGGAGUUUGCUGGAGCUGGACGCAGACACAGUCCAUUUCUGCGUCUGUCACACGACACACACCCUGACAAUGUGUACUCACUGAUGACAAAUCAAUGGGGCCUGCCGAUACCCAAUCUGGUGGUGUCAGUGGUAGGGGGAGAGGGAAAGGACAAAGUGAAGACCUGGGUACGAGAAGUGAUCAGACAGGGCCUUGUCCGAGCCGCACAGAGCACAGGGGCUUGGAUCAUGACAGCAGGCCUAAGGGAAGGGGUUGGCCGUUGUGUAGGUGAGGCAGUAAGGGACCAUUGUGCAACAGCUUCGUCUCUUUCACAGGCCAAAGUUAUAGCUGUGGGUGUCGCACCCUGGGGCUUGAUUCACCAACGUCAGCAACUCAUUAACCCACAGGGUAGUUUUCCAGCACGCUACUAUGUGCAGAACAUGCCCCAUGAUGCCUGCUGCUUGGACAAUAAUCACCAGGCCUUCCUCUUAGUGGAUGAUGGAAGUGUAGGCCACAGAGGGUGUGAGACGAAGUUCAGAGCCAACUUGGAGGACUUCAUAUCCCAUCAACGCACUGGCAUCUGGGGCAGUGGAAGCAUUGAGAUUCCUGUAUUGUGUGUGCUGAUUGCAGGGGAUGCUGCAAUGCUAGAGCGAGUGGAUUUAUCUCUACAGAAUUCCACUCCAUGGUUGGUGCUGGCAGGGUCGGGCCCAGCAGCAGACCUGAUAGCAGGAAUCCUGAGGGACCUCAAUACACCCCUGACCCCACCCGUGAGCCCGACAUUACAGUCUGCUGCCGGGGAAGCCAGGGAAAUCAACAGUGCUGAGCUCAGAGACAGAGUGGCAGCGAGAAUUAAGAAACAGUUCCCUUUGGGGAAUCAAGUAGAAAAACUGGUGGAUCAGGCACUCAGUAUCUAUCAAAACAGAGAACUUAUUACUGUGUUUCAUGGAGACCAGGAAGGGCAAGAUGACUUUGACACAGUCAUCCUUAAGGCACUUGUAAGAGCUGCUAAACGUGAUUCUAAUGACGCUAGUGAGUACACUGAGGAGCUGAAGCUGGCAGUGGCCUGGAACAGAGUGGACAUUGCCAAGAGUGAACUCUUCAACGGCGACGUCCAUUGGAGGUAUGAGGACUUGGAGGACUCAAUGACUGAUGCUCUGGUGAAUGAUAAGCCCCAGUUUGUUCGUCUCUUUGUGGAAAAUGGCCUGAAUAUUCUGGACUAUCUUACGUACCAUCGUUUAGAACGUCUAUAUGGCUCUCUGUCAGACUGCACUCUGGUGCACUCAUUCCUCCAGAGAAGGCUGCAGGAGCGAGUGGGAUUAGCUGCCUCUCAGACCCAGUUAUCUUUCACUCCUGAUGAGAAUUCCUCUCUCAAGAUCCCCAUGAAUACAACUACCAAUUCCUCUGCUGCACAACAGAUCACCCUAUAUGAGGUUUCACGGGUGUUACAUGAAAUCAUGAAAGACGUGUGUCAGCCCUUAUACUACGGACCUCUCGGUCUAGAUCAGGGUGUAAACUCACGAAAAGCAAUGAAGCAUGUGAAUAAGUUGCUACUAAAUGAAAGUCCUUAUCAGAAGCAGCAUUGUGCAACUCCAUGGGUGGCUCUUUUCAUUUGGGCCGUUCUUCAGAAUCGGAGAGAAAUGUCCAUCUACUUCUGGGAAAUGGCGGGGGAGUCAGUGCUAAGUGCUCUUGCAGGGUGUAAGAUAUUAAGAGAGCUCUCCAAGUCGGAAACAGAGACUGAGAACAAACUCUCCAUGAAAGAGCUGGCUCAGACCUUUGAGAAUCUGGCACAUGAUGUGUUCAGUGAGUGUGACCAGAGUGAUGAGAGCCGCUCUUACAAGCUUCUCAUCAGACAGUCAUCUGUAUGGGGAGGGGCCACCUGUCUGCAGAUGGCUACAGCAGCGGAUGCCCGCCUCUUUUUCAGCCAUGAUGGAGUGCAGAAUUUAUUGUCAGAGAUUUGGUGGGGGGACAUGGACAGCAACACAGAAGUGUGGAAAUUGGUUCUCUCGUUUUUUCUGCCUCCCUUCAUCUUUUCCAACCUCAUCAGUUUCAGAGAGCAUGAUAACAAUGAAAAGGAUGAGGAGCAUGAACAGGGUAAAGAAUUUGACAGUGUCGAGGGAGUGGAGUCACUGGCUGAAGUUAUUAACACGGAAGAAGAAGUGGAGGAAAAUAGUGCCUUAAAGGGAAACCCUGAAGCAGGGCCAAAUGCUGAUACCCAGAAACGACCUUUUAUAUUCCGUCGAUGGCGGCAGUUCUGGUUUGCACCGGUCACUUCAUUUCUAGGCAAUGUGUUGACGUACUUCCUCUUCCUCUUCCUGUUUGCUUACGUCCUAUUGGUCGAUUUCAAGCCUCCACCUCCAAACGGACCCGCCCCUUCGGAGCUUGUGUUGUAUUUCUGGGUUUUUACCCUUGUCUGUGAAGAGAUUCGACAGACUUUCUUUGUAGGAUCUACCUCUUUAGUUCAGAGGAUGAAGUUGUACAUCCAAGACAUCUGGAACAAGUGUGACCUUACUGCCAUCUUACUCUUCAUUCUGGGGCUUAUCUUGAGAAUGUUUCCUUGGUCAUAUAAUUUUGGUCGUGCAGUAAUGUGUGUAGACUAUAUGGUCUUCACUCUCAGACUUAUUCACAUAUUUGCUGUUCACAAACAACUUGGUCCCAAAAUCAUCAUAGUUGGCAAAAUGGUGAAAGAUGUGUUUUUCUUUCUGUUCUUCCUGGGGGUGUGGCUAAUGGCAUAUGGAGUGGCCAAUCAGGCACUGAUAUACUCCUACGAUUCUCGUCCUGGUUGGAUAACUCGGCGAGUGUUCUACAGGCCAUACAUGCACAUAUAUGGGCAGAUACCACUGGAUGAAAUAGAUGCUGACAUAGAAUAUGGGAAAGACUGUACAGACAACGUCACUCUUAUCAAUGACGGAGCAGAGCCCUGCCCACAAUCUGAAGCUAAUUGGCUGGUCCUUAUCCUGCUGUCUGUCUAUUUGCUGGUCACCAAUAUUCUGUUGGUGAACUUGCUUAUUGCAAUGUUCAGUUACACAUUCAAUAAGGUCCAGGAGCACAGUGAUGUGUACUGGAAGUUCCAGCGUUAUAACCUGAUCGUGGAGUAUCACUCACGGCCCUGCCUUGCCCCACCCUUAAUCAUCAUCUCUCACUUACAUAUUUUCAUCAAGAGGGUCAUCUGGAGAGUUCCUUCUGUUAAGAUCCAACACUUUAUGUUGAAACUGAAAGGCAAAGAGGCCAGUUGGCUGAAUACGUGGGAGUCUACUCUAAAAGAGAACCUGCUUUCCAUACAAGGCAAAAAACAAAGAGAGAGUGACACAGAACGACUCAAACGUACCUCCACAAAGGUGGACAAUGUACUGAAGCAGAUGGUAGAGAUUCGAGAUCACGAUCGCAGGUUGAGAAAGCUGGAGUCUGAGGUGGAGUACUGCUCUAAUGCCCUCUCCUGGAUAGUGGAGGCACUAUCUCAGAGUGACCUAAUAAAGAAGGCUAGUCCACCACCACCUCCUCCUUCCAAAGGUAUAGCCUCUAAAGGUUCCACUUUUCGAAGAAGGAAAUUAAGAUAACACUGAUUAGCACCCAUCACACAGAUACACACAUUGCACAAAUGUGUGCUUAUUCAAAUAUUCUGGGUCAUGGAAAUAAAUGAGUUUAGGUUACAGGUUUUAUUAACCAGGGGGUCAUUCUUUGCAUGCUGUGCCUUUUAGACCUUAAUGAUGAUUUUUUUAUUUUAUUUUAAGCAUUGCAUAAGGUGAAGAAUAUGUUUAUUGUUCUGAUUACAACACUGGGUGAGCUUAAGCAUCUGACUUCUGAAUUGUAUCUGCAAAUGUAUCAAAUAAAUUAUAGUGUGAUGUGGCACAGCAGGGCAGAAGUAAAACCAACAUUUUCUGUGUUUCUUAAAAAAUACAUGAUGUAGAUAUAUUGUUAGUUGUAUAUAUUAUCCACCUGCAAAUGAAUGACUGAUAUAAAAACUGUAUUGUAAUAGGGUAACAGGGUAGAAUGCUAUAGGGUGGUAGAAGGCUACAUUAGCUACAGAUCUGUGAUUUUGUGGAACAUUGGGAUAGGGUCAAUUGCAACUUAUAUUCAAUACCUAUUUGUAACAUUUAUUUUAUUUAUGUUUAUUCAGUUGAUUGCCCUUUUUUUUGCUCCGUAAGAUUUUGUCUUGCAUGGUGUGUAACAUUGGGACAAGGAAGUGUUGAGAUUUGUUUUAUGUUCCUAGAUUUAUUUCCCAUGAAAUGUCAUGUCAUAUUUUAAAAUGUAUGUUAUUAUUGGUUGGAUAAAUAUGUUAAAGCUGCCAUUAGGACAUACAAACAGGGUUGGAAGCAUUACUUUAGGACAGGCAGAAACACAUGUACUACUAAUGAGGAAAAUGAAAAAAAGAGCUGUUUAACAUAUCUACAACAAGAGAUUUUUAGAGAUUAAAUUAGUUUUUCAUUUGAUUAAGACAGACUUCCAUCAAGUAUUGUGAAAAAUAGUACCUGGGGACAUAGGAAAAACAAACGUCUCUGAUUGGAAAGUGAUUGCAAAACACAUAAAAAUAUAUAUGUUCAAAUAAGUGUAUUAUUUUGUGUAAAUAUAUAUCCAAACUUAAUACAUAAUCCUCUUGGAAGUAUUUUCAGUCUCAACGUGUUUUAAAUGUAAUAUGAUUUUUUAUAGAUAAUAUGAUUUUUCUCAGGGACUGAAAAGACAAUUUUCAUCUUAUUUUUACAUUUAUUCUUGUUUUUUUUUUUCUACUUGUACAAUAUCUCCUUUAAUCAUUGGUAAUAUAUUUGCUACCCAUGUUUUUGUUCUUUUGUAAAUGUGUUGUUAAUUUGUUAGUACAAGUACAUGUAAGUACA